AUGCAUGGAAACAAGUUCGUCUCAGCAAAGCGCUUACUUCAGGCAGCUUUAGAGGAUGGACCCAUAGGGUUCAUGUUAUUGGAAGUACCACCCUCAUCACUCCCGGCCUUCGGUUUCAUUCCUACCAGCGCCGAUAAAGGAGUAGAGAUGGAGGUUGAGAUCGAGAAGAAGGUGACAGCAGUGGAUAUACCAAAGCUGUACCAACACCUUCAUGAUGUGUUCGAUGAGGUGGAAGCAGACAGGCUUCCCCAGCAUACCGAACAUGAUCUUCACCUUGAACUAAUGGAAGGAAGUCAACUGCCUCAGGGCCCGCUGUAUCUCAAAGGGCCUAAAGAAAUGUCUGAAUUGAGGAAGUAUCUGGACAAGAACCUCAUGAAGGGGGCUCUGUUGCCCCUCAUUGAGGAGCAACUGUUCCUGCUCCGAAAGGCAAAGAUCUAUUCCAAGCUAGAUCUCCGAGCAGCAUACAACCUCAUUCGCAUCACAAAAGGAGAUGAAUGGAAAACAGCAUUUGUAGAGUUUCUAGGGUACAUCAUCAAACCCACAGGGGUAGAGAUGGAUCCUGAGAAAGUACAGACAGUCAAGGAGUGGCCAAUGCCAGAAUCAAUCCAUGAUAUCCAAAGAUUCCUUGGCUUUGCCAACUUCUACAGAGUACUUCGUCACUUCAAUUACCACCUUCCUACAAGGCUGGAAACAGAUGCAAGUGACUUUGCCAUCGCUGGAGUGCUCAAACAAGAGCAUGAAGGGCAUUGGCACCCAGUAGCAUUUUAUUCAAGGAAGAUGUCAUCGGCUGAGAAGAACUACGAGAUCCAUGACAAGGAGCUCCUAGCAGUGGUCACCUGCCUCACUCAACAAGCAAGAUGGGCAGUAUUGUUAGCAGAUUUCGACUUUGUGCUACAAUAUCGACCAGGAGACAAGGGUGGCGAACCCGAUGCUCUCACCAGACAAGCUGACAUGCAGCUGGUCGGUGAAGAGCAGGAGCACAAUGUUCAACAACUACUGCCCCCCCAGGUGUUUGAACAAGUCGAAAAUGAAAUCACAACAGGGAUGGCUCCCGUCCUCAUGAUGGAGUCUAUAGCCACGAAAGGAAUCAAAGAUCUGGCCAGAAUCUUCCAGCCUCUGGAUCCAGAGCUUCAGGAGAUCCAUCUAAGGAAGCCAUUCGAGAUCAGAGACGGCUUGUGGUAUAGUGGCAGACAAUUGGUUAUCCCCAAGGUAACAAUGCCAGGGAAGACCAACAACCGUCAUUUGUGA